UGUGGCCUAGCAAAAGAAAGAGAGAAGGUCGAAUAAACCCCUCUUCGGGAUACUGCUAAAAAAAAUGGCGAGGCUUUCAUGUUCUCUAAUUCAAUGUCUGUUCCCACUGCCACUACUCUUCAACUUGUUAAUGAUGUCAAGCCUUUUACAAACUUCUCAAGGUGAUGUUGGCACCGCUGCCCAGUACAGCCCUCCAUAUUUACCCACGGCUUGUUACAAUGACAGCGCGUCGCAGUUUCCGUCGAAUAAUAUGUUUGCGGCGGCUGGAGAUGGAAUCUGGGACAACGGGGCUGCUUGUGGGAGGCAAUACUUGGUCAGGUGUAUCAGUGCCGCGGUCGCUGAUUCUUGCAUAGCUGAUCAGGUCAUUCAAGUGAAGAUAGUCGACUAUGCUCUAGAAUUGAUCAAUAAUCCACCCUCAGCUAGUGGCACCACCAUUGUUCUAUCGGAGACAGCUUUUGGGGCUAUUGCAAAUAUUUCUGCAGACCCUACUUCCAUUAAUUUGGAAUUCCAACAGGUAUGACACGAAGAGUGAUGGUGCACGGCAAGCUGUGAAGAUCGGGAAGAAGAGAGUGGAUGAUUGCAUAUAUAGCAUGUGUGAAUUACAGUUCUUACAAGUUGAAGUGUAUAUGAUCCAGCUUUGUUUCUAGCCACCAUCGUACCUUUCAUUCGUAAUCUUCUUUUCCUUGCGUGCUCCAAUGUUUUAGAACCUCUCGAGCUUUAACUAAUCAACGUCGUUUGACGUGUCUUGCGUUGUCUUCUUCUAUGCCUUGAAUCACGGUUGGGCGUGGAGGUUUCAAAUUUGUCUUUGGACGACGUUUCGUAUGCAGAUUCUUAUGUAGUUUCCUGUAGUUUGAUUGCUAAAAUGUAAUGUAAUCGAGGACAUGUGACUGUUCAUUGUUGUGUUUAGUUGAAAAUAAAAUUUAGUAGUAUUAUGUUCGGUU